AUGGAACUCAACCGAGAACAUUUUCACGCCAUAAUUUAUUACAACUUUCAGAGACAGUUAUCGCAACAAGAAUGCCUUGCUGAGUUACUGUCUGCUUUCGGCAACGAAGCGCCACAUCAGUCGACAAUUUCUCGUUGGUAUGGAGAAUUCAAACAUGGACGGGUGAGUCUUAGCGACGUGCACCAAAAACUGAGGCGAGUAAGAAAAUUAGUUACUCGUUGGAUACCCCACCUGUUCACUGAAGAGCACAAAGCAGCCAGAGUUAAUUGGUGUCAAAAAACGCUUGACCAUUUCAAUUCCGGAAACUCAAAAAAUGUGUACAGCAUUGUUAGUGGUGAUGAAUCGUGGAUUUACUGUUAUGAACCAGAAAAUAAACGACAGUCGGUGGUUUGGGUGUUCCUAGGUGAAGAAAAGCCAACAAAAGUCAUGGUCGCGACAUUUGUAACUGUUACUGUGGAUUGGUAUACCACCAUUUGUUUUCCAAAAGUCACCGAACUUCGAAAAAUCAACCCCGAAAGAAGAAUCAUCCUCCACCAAGACAAUGCAAGCUCGCACACAGCCCAAAAAACAAGGCAGUAUUUAACGGAAGAAAACGUGGAAUUAUUGGACCAUCUUCCAUAUAGUCCUAACGAUUUCUUUACUUUCCCGAAAAUAAAAAACGGACUGCGUGGUCAAAGGUUCCAGUCACCAGAAGAAGCAGUUGACGCCUUCAAAAAUGCCGUUUUGGAUCUGCCAGCAAACGAGUGGGAUAAGUGCUUCGAAAAUUGGUUCUAGCGCAUGCAGAUGCGUAUUAAUCUUCGUGGAGAUUACUUCGAAAGACAAUAAAGACGUUUAAAACUA